CUUCAUUCUUCAAGAUGUCUGCACGCGUUGGGUUUUGUUCUUUGGUCUUCGUACUUUUUUCUUUUUUAUCCCUCUCUGAGGGAGCUGUUCUCGAUCUAAACCCUGACAACUUCGAUGAGGUUGUUAAUGGAGAUGCCUUUGUUUUAGCUGAAUUUUUUGCACCUUGGUGUGGUCAUUGCAAGAGUCUCGCUCCAACUUAUGAACAGCUAGGGGAGUCAUAUCCGCACACCAAAGAUGUUAAGAUUGUUAAAGUGGAUGCAGAUGCUCACAAAGACUUGGCGUCAAGAUUUGGAGUCAGUGGAUAUCCUACUAUCAAGUAUUUUGAAAAAGGAAGCACCACCGCUAGCGAGUAUAAUGGAGGAAGAGAUCUUAAAGAUUUUGCCAGCUUCAUAGAAGGAAAAACUGGUGUUAAAGCAAGAAUUCCAGUUGUCAAGGAGGAUGUAAUAACCUUGGAUACGUCUAACUUUGACAAAGUAAUCAAAGAUGCAAACAAAGAUGUCAUUGUUGAAUUCUAUGCUCCUUGGUGUGGACACUGUAAGAACCUUGCACCAGUCUAUGAGAAGGUCGGCAAAACAUUCAAGAAUGAACCAAAUUGUGUGAUUGCAAAAGUUGAUGCUGAUUCUCACAGAGAACUUGGAGAGAAGUAUGGUGUCAGUGGGUUCCCUACCAUUAAAUUCUUCUCAAAGACAAACAAAGAUGGAGAAGAGUAUUCUGGUGGAAGAAGUGAGGAAGACUUCAUUCAGUUUAUGAAUGAAAAGUGUGGAACAAAACGAAAGUCUGGUGGUGGACUCAAUUCCGAGGCUGGAAGAAUUGAGGCUUUUGAUGAGUUUGCAAAAUCUUUCAUGGGUGAUAAGGACAAGCGAGAUGCUGUUUAUGAAGAAGCCAAAGGACUAGUUGAUAGCCAGGAAGAUAAAAAGAUGGCCAAGUACUAUGUCAAAGUGAUGGAGAAAGUUAAGCAAGUGGGAGAUUCAUUUAUCACUACUGAAACAAGUCGUAUGGAGCGAUUGCUAGGUGGUCAGAUUAGUGCCUCCAAAGUAGAUGAAUUUACGAAAAGGAGCAACGUCCUCGCGCAGUUUUCUGCUGGCUCACCCGGCAAGACAGAGCUGUAGACUUCUCACUGACCUUCACGAUGUGUUACUAAGAUCCUUUACAAUAAAAUGCAACAAUUUUGGGCAAACGGCCUUGGGUGCCGUCUAGCGAACGUGGUGCAUUCUGGUCUAGCUUGAGUACAAACAUCUUUUGUUCAUCAUGCCUUAUAUGGUGUUGUUCGUACCCKGACUAGACCACAAUGCAUCAUGUUUAUCGAUAUCGGAAAAGGCCUAUGAAGGGAAGAUAACUCUACUGCUACCAGGGUCAACGUACCUUCAUAUAAAUGGAAACUUUUUCAGUUUUUUUUUUU